AUGGCGAUAGCCCACGUAGCCACCGAGUACGUUUUUUCCGACUUUCUGUUGAAAGACCCCACGGAGGCCAAGUACAAAGGGUUGCGUCUGGAGCUGGCGUUGGACAAAAUAGUCACGUUCCUCACGGUGGGACUGCCUUUGUUUCUCAUCUCCCUCGCUUUUGCUCAAGAGGUGUCAGUUGGUACCCAGAUCAGCUGCUUCGCUCCCACCAACUUCUCUUGGAGACAGGCCGCAUAUGUGGACUCGUUUUGUUGGGCAGCAGUACAGCAACAAGAUGACAGCUCACCACUGUGGCUGCACAAGUUCUUUCCAUACAUCCUGCUCUUACUGGCCAUCCUCAUGUACAUCCCAGCCCUGUUCUGGCGUUUCACUGCAGCUCCGCACCUCUCCUCUGACCUGAACUUCAUCAUGGAGGAGCUGGACCGCUUUUAUAACCGCGGCAUCAAAUUGGCUAAGAAUAUAGCAUCCUUAGAUAGCAAUGGUGCAUCUGAAGACUCCCCGAGUGCACUGGAUCUGACAGAGACAUGCUUCAAAUACCCUUUAGUGGAGCAGUAUCUGAAGACCAAGCGCUUAUCUCACAGUCUCGUGAUCAAGUACCUAUCAUGUCGAGGCAUGACUCUGCUGAUCCUCCUGCUGGCCUGCAUCUACCUCGGCUACUACAUCCAACUGGCCUCUCUCACUGACGAGUUUCCCUGUGACCUGCGUACAGGGGUGCUGAAGAACGACAGCAUGGUGCCAGCUGCAGUGCAGUGUAAGCUUGUGGCAGUGGGUGUCUUCAGGCUGCUCAGCUACAUCAACUUGGGGGUGUAUGUGCUUCUUGCUCCGCUGCUGGUGUACACUGCUCUUGGACCAGCUCGCCAGACCUCCAGCUUCCUCCGGCCUUAUGAGCUGCUGCCGGGCUUUGGUGCUUUGGGCCUUGUCACACCCUUCUACAACGACCUCAGUAUCUACCUGUUGUUCCUGGAGGAGAAUCUGAGCGAACUCAAAUCAUUUAAGUGUCUGCAGGUGCUUGAGUUGUUGCAAGAGGCCGGUGAUGAGGGGUUUGACGCCAUGUGCCUGUUGCAAACUCUUAGUCAGGUGAAGACUGAUGUGUUGGACAGUAAGAAGACGUGCCAACGCAAGAACAACAAAGAAACUAAUACAGCUGAGGAAUGAUUCUUCUGAGAUGCAUCUACCUUGUUGCUGAGUGAUUGGUCUGACCAGGAUAAGCCCUGGUGUGAUAGAAAAGACUAACUGUGAGAAAAACCUGUGCACUUACAUUCAUCUGAAUUUUUGGUGGCAGAAGCAUUAUCCCAAUCAAAAACAGAGGAGGUCUGACACUCCUUCACACAAUAUGUAGUUUGGCCAACAGACAUUUUACCUCUCAGAUGUCUUUUUUUCUAAGUAGAUGUGAAUACUCCAAGGACUCCAAGUGUCUCAGGACUGAGGCAAUCUGCUGCUGACCACUGACUGUUUUUCCUGAAAUUAAAUUCCUGUUUCAAUUUUUUUACAUGGUACUUUUCUCAGGAUCUUAAAUGCCUUCCAAUCAUAAUUUAUAAUAUAAGCCAUGUUCCUUGGACUGAAAUCUGUACAUUCAUUUUCUAGUUGCAAGAACCACUUCCUGCCCUUUAUGUUAGAAUGAGAGAAGUUUCUGAACACAGGAGUUUAGAUGUAUUUAUAGUUUAUAGUGAUUGAUGAAAAUGUGUCCAAAGUAAGCAUACAAUAAACAUGAAUCGUUAGAUAUUAUAAGAACCACUGGAGCAGUUUUGUCUGGACUGUAAAGUAUGUGAUUAUUAAUGCAUAGGUGUGAACAGGUGGUAUACUGUAUGUGCAUGUUGAAAGUAAAAC